GUUUACCUGUUCCGUUGAGGUCCUCCUUGACCACCAUCACCCACCAUCCACCCACAACAAUUCAGCUGUGCUUGUCUUCCCUGUCUGCCGGCUCUCUAAAAGUUAACUCUUCUCGGGAGCCUGUUUGGACGUUCGUUCAUUAAAAACAUAUCUUCCCCAUAAAAUGGGUAAAUGGACUUCUGACUAUUGCGAUGAUGUCUUGAACGCAAAAAUUAAAAGUCUUGUAUCCGGGGCUAUCAAGCGUGCGAUGCUAGAGAAAGAGAAGAUGGAGCCCACUAUCAGUUAUGGUGAUUUUGUAGAGGAUUUGGAACCUGGGGACUCCUUCACUGCAUCUAUCAUCGAUAUAAUGGUCAAGGAGUUGGCUGACCGCCGGAACCGGCAAAACCUGGGCGAUCGUAAACUUAUAGCUGAACGUACGGCUAAGAGCCUUCGGGCACUCAGCAUGGACUACAAGGUUAUUCGCCGUCGGCCCGUCGCUCGGAGGCCAAUGUUGUCAGAAUAUUUGACUUCGCCUCCAGCUCGGGUGGUGGACAUGGACGAUGACGACGAAUUUGACCAUCUACUUGAUCCUAUGUCAUCGACCAUAGAAGGUGUCCGAAUCAACUCUAACCUUUAUGAUGCGUAUGGUAGCGACAGCUGGAACGAUGGAUGGGGCGGUGGUGCCACUACAGUUGUCCAGCAUCGCAGCCCUACCCCAACUGAUGUCCUCUCUGGAUCCGAUCCCCAAACUCAAUCAUCCCCUCCAGCAGACGUUCGUCGUAAUAUUAUGCCUUCAUCGUUGUUCGCUCCCAUCACCUCGUCGCACACUUCACCUAGCAGAGUAUCAUCCAUACGCCGCCCCAUUCGUUCAAGAACCGUCGAUUUCAAUGACUUUACCUCCCGCCGUCGAUCGACUAUACGUGACAGCCUCAGACAGUCGUUGGGAAUCCUCUCGGAGGGUCCUGAGCCCAGCCAUAUCGCAGACUCCAGAGAAAGAGAGUCAGCUUGGACCUCGUCCUCUUCAUCUGCUCGACGAUUUUUCCCUCUUCCCAGACGAAGUCGACCGCGCGAUUCGCCCCCUGCAGAAAUAAUAGACAUCGUUGAGGACCGCAGUGAAUCCAGGUCUGCACCAAGUUAUUGGUUCCCUUUUCCUAGCCCUGUAACAUCUCGUUCUCCUGUCAGCUCGCCUACUACCGAAGUUAGUGAAGAAAGGACCUUGGCUGUGCCGAGGCUCCGUCGUGGUGGAGUUCGAGCUCCCGAGUCCAUGCUUUCUCGCCAUGCUUCUCCCCUUGCCGAUCUCGGUACCCUUCCUUCUUCUGUGUCUCUGGGUGACACUACAGAUACUGGUGACCGAGACCGAGCUCGCUCCAGCCAGUCCGUGCCGCCAGAGACUGAAUUAAUAUCGUAAUUAAUGUAUAAAACGUUCAUAUCUAUGUCAACACAUGGACGACUUCUGUAGCUUUGGUUUUCCGAAUAAAUUACUUGGAUUUGUUGUAGCAUUUGCUUAUGCCUUACCUUACUAUGGCACAGCCACA